UUCAACAUAAGCAUCAUCAUAAGCUAACAACUUUCAAAUUUUGAACUUCGAGAAAAAAAAAUCCCUAUGUUUGAAGAAAUGCCCGUUUCAGAAAGCGAGUCCAAAUCUCUGGCUAACUGCAACCUGCAUGACAAGUAGGGGUAAUCCCCUCUGGAAGAAUGGAACGGACGAACUGCCACACUGGACACAGCGCUCUCGGAUCUGCCUCGCCGGCUCGCCCCAUGCUCUCCCGUCUCGCUCGCGUGACACCACCCUCCAUUGGCCGACAGGGACGACACGCCGUCGUGGCUGCUCACGUGUUCUCACCCUGCGCUCUCGCCGGCCGAGGCAAGCGCCGAGUGUGCCGCCUUCCGCUCCGAGCAAACGCCAACGUCAGGCGCCAACGCCAUUUAUUAAUCGACACCCCCCACCGCAACCCCAAAGCCCACGCUUCCGAAUUCACCAACUCCUCCUCCUCGCCUCGUCGAGAUCGCUCUCACGCCUUCCAUAGUUCCGCUCCAGCAACUCCACCACUCAGCCCGCCCGCCGGAGCAAUGGGGAGCACGGGGCGCGACCCGGAGGUGACCCGCGCCGACUUCCCCGACGGCUUCGUCUUCGGCGUCGCCACCUCCGCGUACCAGAUUGAGGGAGCGAGAAGGGAGGGAGGCAAAGGAGACAGCAUAUGGGAUGUAUUUACAGAUGACAAAGAACGUGUCUUAGACAAAAGCAAUGCAGAAAUUGCAGUUGACCACUACCAUCGAUACAAGGAAGACAUUGAGCUCAUGGCAAGUCUAGGUUUUAGCGCGUACAGAUUUUCUAUAUCUUGGGCACGUAUAUUUCCUGAUGGCUUGGGGGAAAAGGUCAAUGAGCAAGGAGUCGCCUUCUACAAUGACCUCAUCAACUUUAUGAUUUCGAAAGGUAUUGAGCCUUACGCAACUCUGUAUCAUUGGGAUCUUCCAAACAAUCUUCAAAAAACUCUGGGGGGCUGGAUUUCUGACAAGAUUGUGGAGUACUUUGCAUUGUAUGCAGAAGCUUGCUUUGCAAAUUUUGGAGACAGAGUAAAGCGUUGGAUAACAAUCAAUGAGCCUCUCCAAACUGCAAUCAAUGGUUAUGGUAUUGGAAUAUUUGCACCUGGUGGAUGCCAAGGUGAAACUGCAAGAUGUUACUUGGCUGCCCAUCACCAAAUCUUGGCUCAUGCUGCUGCUGUUGAUGUUUAUAGAAGAAAAUUCAAGGCUGCACAAGGUGGUGAAGUAGGCUUCGUUGUGGACUGUGAAUGGGCAGAGCCUUUUUCUGAAAAAGCGGAAGACCAAAUUGCUGCACAACGGAGGAUUGACUUUCAACUUGGAUGGUACCUAGAUCCGAUAUAUUUUGGUGAUUACCCAGAAAGCAUGCGUCAACGACUGGGCAGUGAUCUUCCAACCUUCUCAGAGAAAGAUAAAGAAUUCAUCAGGAACAAAAUUGAUUUUAUUGGACUGAAUCAUUAUACUUCGAGACUCAUUGCUCAUCACCAAAAUCCAGAUGAUGUUUAUUUCUACCAAGUGCAACAAAUGGAGAGAAUAGAAAAAUGGAAUAGUGGUGAAAAAAUUGGUGAAAGGGCUGCAUCUGAAUGGCUUUUCAUAGUUCCUUGGGGCCUUCGUAAAGUACUUAAUUAUAUAGUGAAGAAAUACAAUAAUCCAGUAAUUUAUAUUACUGAGAAUGGCAUGGAUGAUGAAGAUGAUCAAUCCGCAACACUUGACCAGGUCCUAAAUGACACGACAAGAGUCGGUUACUUCAAAGGAUACCUCAAUUCAGUUGCACAAGCCAUCAAGGACGGAGCUGAUAUCCGUGGGUACUUUGCGUGGUCAUUCCUGGACAACUUUGAGUGGGCUAUGGGCUACACCAAGAGGUUUGGUAUAGUUUACGUCGAUUACAAGAAUGGGCUGUCCAGGCAUCCUAAAGCAUCGGCCCUGUGGUUCUCGCGCUUCCUGAAGGGCGAGGCUGCCGAAAACAAACCUGAUACAAACUGAGCGAACAGCCCGCAGCAAGUACAGAACAUUACAUAUACACACACUACACGUCUCUUCUGUUGUUGUAUCUUACAGUGAGCACCGGUGUAUGUAUGUAUGUACGUAAUAGUCUCAGAUGUGCUUCCUGCCUAUACCUAGUCUGUCAUUGAUCCAACACUAGCUGAAAUGUAUUCUCCGAGAAUCAGAGCCUCAGCACCAAUAAGCUUUGAAUUCAUGCCAGGCAGCAGUCUGGUUACAGAUAGCUCACACUUGUCUUCUGAACACCCAUGCAUUCGGCAUUAUUACACUGUACUGUCACUGUUGUACUAUUCACCUGUAAGUAAGGCUGUAUUGGCAUUACCGAUUCAGAUA